CAUUUGUUUUGACUUGCUUGCUUAUAUGAGCAUAGAGUUCAAUUCAAAGAUGAUCACCGUUUCUUUUCCAUAUCUCAAAAGGGAAACCGACAAUUAAUUUGCAGAGGGUGGUUCAUGCUGCUAGUGUUAGCUAGUUAAUUCCAUUUUAUUUGCAUCCCCACCAGUCAAAUAAACCUUUCAUGCUAGCCAAAUUCAUCAUCUCAGAGGCGGCAACCUUAUAUUUAUUUAACUUGGUACAGUAUUUAUCAUAUAUUAUUCAUCUUUGAAGCAUCAAAAUUCGAAUAGAGAUUUUUGGAACUAGAAUAAUAUUAAGCCAAAAAAGAAAAUUGUUAUCAGAAAAGGUGCUACAUAGUGCUAGUGGUGUAGUGGUGCAUGUUUAUGGUUAGAUCCUCAUCAUAUUCGAUUUCUCUUACUCUAGCUUCUUAUAUAGUCAUGUUAAUUUCUAUCUAAGAAGGAAUUAUUCGAAAGAAAUUCUAGGUUGAUCUUAUCUGCAAAGUGCAAACACAUCAAAUUAAAAAGCAGAGUUGCUAAGGUUACAUGUGCUUUCCAACGGUGGCGCACCAAAGGGGUUCAAGCGAGUUUGUGAGGUUCACGGCGGAGCAACACGGCGGUGAUGAGGAAACGGAAGGUAGUUCAAGACAAGGUGAUGGUGAUGGUAGUGGUGGAAGUGGAAGCUCAGGGCCAUCAUCAUCACAGUUCCAACUGGUGCAGCAGCAACAAGGGAAGGUGGCAAUGCCUGGUCCUCAAGUUUCGGUGCCGACCCAGGCCCACACCGAGUGGGUCCCAAGAAGUGGUUUUCCUUUGAUGUCACGUUUUGUCCUUGACCACCAUGGCCCUUCUUCUCCUCGUUUGUAUUCUUCUUCAUCUUCUUCUUCCUCUUCUUCUGUUUCUGGUCCUCUAUUGGGAUUUUCUGCUACUUCCUCUGCUUCUGGUUCAUGGGUUGGGCACAAAAGAGGGCGUGAAGAAACUGGUGCUGGUUCUUCUUCUCAAUUGUUACAAGAUGUCACUGCACCUAACAGAAACAUUGGUGACUUCAGAGUACCUUCACAACAAUCCCAACCACAAUCAUCAUCCUCAGCAACAGAAGCAGCUACAACAGCUACAUCUAGUGAAGCAUCAGCAUCACCAUCUGAAGAAAGUGGUGAGAGGAGGAGGAGAUACAGGGGAGUGAGGCAGAGACCGUGGGGGAAAUGGGCAGCGGAGAUUCGUGAUCCUCACAAAGCAGCUAGAGUGUGGCUUGGAACAUUCGACACAGCAGAAGCUGCAGCAAGAGCUUAUGAUGAUGCUGCAUUGAGGUUCAGAGGAAACAGAGCAAAACUCAAUUUCCCAGAAAAUGUAGCACCAGUAGCACCAGUAAGGCCGAUGAAUGUUCAUGCUUUUCCGACCAUCAGGACCACGGUUUCUGCUUCUCCGGCAACCCUUUAUUCCCCGGCGCCGCCGCAGCCUCCGAUUUUUCCUUUUCAGGGUCAGGGGACUUCUGAUUCGAUCAGAGACUAUUGGGAAUAUUCUCAGCUGCUGAAGGGUUCAGGGGACAUCCAUGGACUUGAGCAAUGGUUCUAUGAAUCACAAAUGGCAGCGCUUCAUUCUUCACAACAAAUGGCAGCACUUCAUUCUUCUUCUUCUUCAUUGUUAUCUCCAUCACAGUCGCUUUCUUUGUCAUCAUCUUCAUCGCCAACUGCAUUUUCACCCUCCAGUCAACUCUCCUCUGCUUCAUUUCCCCUGUUUUCUGGUCAGCAAGUGGGGCUUUUCCGGCCGCCAGGCGACCCCUCUCGCGGCGGCGGUGACGGUGGUAGUGGAUCUGGUUUCCCACCUUCAACAUGGUCAGAUACAAGUGGCUAUCCACCACCUCCUGGUUGAUUGAUUUGGUAUAGGAUACAUACGCGUCUUCUUUUCCUUUUUACUUUUAAUUACUUACUACUUUCUUUCUUUAUUUCAAAUACCAGCAAAGGAAAAAUAAGGUCUUGUUUGUUAUCCCACUUCUUUUUUAAAUACUAGUUCUUUACCCGUGCGUUGCACGGCGAUUAA